CGAGACCACAACUUCAAGCCAAGCAAAAGGGCGAUGGAGCCGUUGCCUGUUGAGGAUUUGAAGGCGUUGGAUGCGUUCAUGGCGGCGGAGGUGGAGCACAACUGUCGACCGUGUUGCUCGUCGCGUACUCGCCAUGGCAUGGUCACGUGUGUUCGAUUCCUCGUCCACACAUUCAUCUGGGUAGCAGACAACCUCAUGUACAUGCUGGGAUGGGUAUUCGUUCCACUGGCGUGGGUGCUCAUCGGCAGCAUCGUGAUUGCAUGGUACAAGGUGCUGGCGCCGUACAUACAACAGGAGACGUCCUCACUUGGGUUUGCCGCACAUGUCGUGUUCACCCACUGGCUUCUCAUCAACAUCAUCUUCAACUACCUCAUGGUUACCAUCACCAGCCCAGGCUACCCACCCAAGAUGAGACUCAACGACAUCAUGCUGCAGCCGGGCGAAUCCUUUUGCAAGAAAUGUGACAGUGUCAAGCCAGUCAGAACGCAUCACUGCAGCGUGUGCAAGCGCUGUGUGUUGAAAAUGGACCAUCACUGCCCUUGGGUCCACAACUGCAUUGGGUUUCGCAACCACCGGUACUUCUUCCUCUUCAUGGCCUACCUGUGGGUCGGGUGCGUGUAUGUGGGCGCGGUGUGUGCGCCCCUGUUUCUCCUUCGCUACCGCUGGCGGUUCCACUACGACACGCUAACAAACGCCGACAAGAUUGAGAUCCGCCGCCUUCUCCUCGCUGGCUACCUCGGCCCCGUUGUGACGUUCGCAUUUGUCCUCACCGUCGCUGUUGGGAUUGCACUCGGAUUGCUGCUCUUCUGGCACGUGUAUCUCGUCUCGCGCGGCGAAACGACCAUCGAGUACUAUGCCACGUUCAAACCAGACCAAGCAAAGAAGGACAGGCCGGUGUAUUCUGCACCACAGCAGCGGCACACGAUUGGGCAGCGGUGGCGUUUGUUCUUGGGCAUUGACGGUGGCAGAUCCAUAUGGGGUGUCCUGCUGCCUUCCACCUUUCGCCCCUCGGGUGAUGGCAUGACAUGGACUGUGGCGAGCAGUGACGGUGGCACCGGCACGCUGGCCAGCAGCAGCAGCAGCAGCAGCAGCAGCAGCGGUGGUGGUGCUCCCACUGGUGAUCGCAGCAGUACCAGUUCUUCAUUGAGCGCCCCUCCCUUGGCACGCAGCCAUCAAUGGGUGUGAGUAGUGACAGAAGGAAAUGUGUGAUGUGCGAUGUGAUGACAGUGUGAGACCAACCCCAAUGUGAGAAUGCCAAUGACAUUAUGAUGAUGACAUGUCAUCAUCAACCCAUCUUCGUGACGUGAACAAUACCUCUUGCUCUAGCAAAAUAAACGACCCCAAAC